CCAUGCAGAGGGUACGAAAUGCGAUCACCAUUCUUUAUCCGCCUUGCAUUAUUAUUACAUAUUCUGCGCUUCUAGCACGUUUGGGAGAACCCUGAAACUUUUCUUCUAUCAUGGAUCGAUUCGAGUUCUCUUCGGGUCGUUUACAACCAGAGGAAUAUCUUGUGAGUAAAUUCAGCAAUGUUCGCCUUUAUGAUGGGGAUGAAAAAACUUCAUUUGAACAUGGUGACGUCUUAUUUACAAAUCUUCGUCUGAUCUGGUGUCGAAACAGUAAUGAUUUUUCUAUUCAACCAGUGCUUUCCUUAUCCUACAGUUUGAUAACCUAUGUACUUAUUGAUGUACAUUCUAGAAAGCUAAAAAAGAAACUCAUUAUCAAUCUAUCAGAUACUUAUAAGCCUUCAAAUCCUGGCCCUGUGUUGACCAGUCCAUUCAACUACGUAAAACUGUCUUUCAAAGAGAAUGUGGACGAAAAUUUUGUUGGAAACUUGGAUGAAGUGAUCAACGAGCAUCACAAGAAUGAAAGUUCGAAAAGUGGGAAUGCUCCUACCAGAAUCAAACUUCGCACUGGCAUUGUCGGAAUAGAACGCAGUAUCCAUGAGAAAAAUAAAGUAACGGAUGAGAGUAUCACUGUAGCUUUCCAAGAUUUAAGUAAAUUAAUGACUAUGGCCAAAGAUAUGGUUGUGAUCUCCAAAACAAUAUCAGACAAAAUUUGUAAUCAUCAAGGUGAAAUAAGUGAAGAUGAAACUGUCAAAUUUAAAUCUUAUUUACUAAGUUUAGGAAUUGAAGAUCCGGUAACACGCAAUAGAGUUCAAAACGAAAACCAAUUCUACGAGAACCUAGCUAAAGAAAUAAGUAAAAUUCUCCUAGGAACAAUCAAAGAAAUCGGUGGAAUGAUGGUGCUCACAGAUGCUUACUGUCGAGUCAAUAGAGCCCGUGGUUUAGAACUUCUAUCGCCUGAUGACUUUCUUAAUGCUAGCAAAUUAAUGGAUCAACUAUCUCUGCCGUUGAAAUUGAGAGUAUUCGAUAGUGGUGUUAUGGUGCUUCAAUUACUGUCUCAUGAUGAUCAAAUUUUAGUGAGGGAAACCGUACUCCUCCUUCGUAAUCACUCUUCUAUGUCGCCUCAAGAACUGUCUACAUUAGUGAAAAUUCCUGUGUCUCUAGCAAAAGAAAGAUUAAUUGUCGCAGAAAAAUUUGGUAGAGCAUGCAGAGAUGAGAGUAUUGAAGGCCUUAGAUUUCAUGUAAACUUUUUUUUAGAAAAUAGAUCCUGAACAAUUCACUACUAAUAUUGUAUGUCCUAAUCUUGGUCGGAAUGAAAUAAAUGAUGGAUAUUUGGUACCAAGAUAAUGUGUUAGGUAUUUUUUCAUCAAUAAACUGAUUGCUCCAAAGUCUAUGCCCUGAAUUGUAAGAAAGUCCAGUUUCCAUUCUCUGUACACUCUCUGAAUUUUCAAUUAUUUCUCAAUUGUUUUCUGUAUUAAUCGCAAAUAUUCUAAUACAAGAAAUGCUUCACACAA